AUGCGCCCACUAGCUGGGAUGUGCAUAGCUUUGUGCGUGGUGAUCGUGGGACUGGCAGACGGGGCCGACCCAUGUCUUGUCACCACCGACAACAAAGUCGCCAUGUGCAAAGGUCAGAACCUGAACCGCGUUCCCCAGCACCUUCCCCGCACCCUGCUCAGACUGGAUCUCUCGUAUAACAGGCUCAAAGAGAUCGCCGCAGGGGACUUCUCAGCGUUGACCCAGCUGCAGAGCUUGGACCUGGGCUACAACAACAUCUCGCGCAUCUCGGCAGAUGCCUUCGCCUCCAACGUCCUGCUGGAGGAACUCAGCCUGUUCAACAACUCCCUGCGCCGGAUCCCCUCGCCGGCCCUGAAGCCUCUGAGGAAACUGAGGCGGCUGGAGAUGUCCAACAACUUGUACCUCCGCUCAACUCUGGAUGAGGUCUUCAGCGCUCUGAGGAACCUGCAGGAGUUCUCCAUGGGGGGGUCUCUGAUCCAGACGGUCGGCAAGUGGGACUUCCUCCCGCUGAAGAAUAUAGCCUUGCAGAAGUUUGCCCUGAAGACAGCGUCCAGCCUACUGGAGUAUCAAAACGGGGCAUUCUCGGUGCUCAACACCACAGCCCUGUGGUGUGACAUAGCCCUGGACAAGAAUCCCAAGGCCUUACCCAUGAUUCUGCGGGACCUGAGGGGUAAGUCGCUGCAGUACCUCCGCUUCCGCAACCUCUUUGAGUUCACCUACUACACUGAGUCCGCAGAUCUCUUCUCCGGCUUGGCCGAGGUGCAAGCCAGCAAACUGGUCUUCUACCGGGGGAAGUUCAACGUGAACCUGCUACGCCUGGCCCUGCUGAACAUCCAGAAGUCCCGCAUCCGCGACCUCUCCCUGAUGUCCAUUGACUUCGCCCGCUCUUCCCAGUGGAACCGCUCGGAAGCGGGCAUCACCAACCUGACCCUGGACAGCUUGUUGCUGCAGGACAUCAGCAACCCCGAUAUCCUGCGUUUCGACUGGACCUUCACCUGGUUCAGCGGCGUGGCCAACCUCUCCAUUCUCAACGUCAACUUCAACUUCGUGCCCUGCGACACCUGGGACGAGAUGCGCAACGUGGUGACCCUGGACGUCUCCAACAACCGGCUGAAGGACGCCUACAUCUACAACCAGGGCUGCAACUACCAGGACGUCCUGCCCAAACUGGAGCGGUUCCUCAUGGCCAAAAACGAGUUGACCAGCCUGGGCAUAGUGGCUAAGCUCACGGCCAAUUGGCCUCGCCUGACCCAUAUCAACGCCAGCCACAACCACAUCGGGGGCCUGAAGGAGACGGCGUGCCAGUGGAAUCCCGGCCUGGUCUGGCUGGCCCUGGACCACAACACUGUCACCAUGGAGAUCUUCAAGUGCCUCCCCAUCACCCUUCACUACCUGGACCUCUCCUACUCCGAGCUGGACCGGCUGGAGAUGAGCUACUUUGUCCGCUGCCAAGACCUCCAGGAGCUGAAGCUUAGUGGGAACAAGAUCAAGUUCAUUCCCUCAGAGUGGAGCUGCCCCAGCCUGCGAAUACUGGCCAUGGACGGCAACUCCUUUGGUGUCAUCAGCAAGGGCUCCUUCGUCAACAUGCCAGAGCUGACCAGCCUCAAGGCCGGGAACAACCCCUACCACUGCACCUGCGACCUCUACGGCUUCCUGCAGGAGACUCGGAGGAAGGGUAAGCUAACCCUGCUGGACUGGCCCGAGGGCUGGACGUGCUACCACCCGGAGUCCCUGCUGGACAUGGGCGUGGCUGCCUACACCCCGGGGCUGACGGAGUGCGACGUGAGGGUGGUGGUGGCCAUCUCUGUCUCCGUCACGGCCGCUGUGAUCAUUGCAACCAUGGUGCUGUGCUGGAGGUUCGACGUGCUGUGGUAUCUGCAGGCCACCUACCGCAUCGUCCGGUCGAAGUACCGCGCCCGCCACGCUCAGCCCGCUCGGGCCUACGCCUACCACGCCUUCAUCUCCUACAGCUGCUCAGACGCCGAUUGGGUGAGGCAGGAGCUGCUCCAGCGGCUGGAGAGCUCCAGCCCCCCGUACCGCAUCUGCAUCCACGAGAGGGACUUCACGCCGGGCAAGUGGAUCAUCGACAACAUCAUCGAGAACAUCGAGAGCAGCUACAAGGUCAUCUUCGUCCUCUCCCGCAGCUUCGUCGACAGCGAGUGGUGCAACUACGAGCUCUACUUCGCCCACCAGCGGGCCGUCGGGCUGGGCUACGAGGACGUCAUCCUCGUGGUGAAGGAGGCCAUCGAUCCCCAGAGCCUGCCCAACAAGUUCUGCAAGCUCCGGAAGAUGCUGAGCACCAAAACCUACUUGGAAUGGCCUUCGGAGCCCAGCCGGCAGCCUUUCUUCUGGAUACAGCUCAGGAACGUGCUGGGGAAACCGGGAGCAGCCGAGCCCGGCCACGAUCGGGUCUCGCUGGCCAGCGUGGAGUUGGGCUCAGAUGAGGUGGUGAGUAGUCCGGCUGAAAAGGAAACUGCCAUCGACGCCGUGGCUAGCACUGCGAGUUAG